UAUGCUUACUUAUAUACUUAUUUAUUUAUAAUAUUUCUUUUCUUUUUCUCGCUUCUUCGCUCAUUUUUCCUCUUGUACUAUUUAGUAUGGGUUAGCGAAUCUAUAACAGUUAAGGGUUUGUUUCUUCCUUUUUUUUUUUUACGGUGACCACAUGUAUAUGGAUCCUCGAUCCGCUUUUGUGGCUUGUAUCUUUUGGAUUUUCUACUUUUUUUUUACAUCAAUAAACGAGAUUAAAACAAUAUCAAGAACAGGUGAAAAAACUAAAGACAACCGUUGACGACUACUCAACAAAUACGUCAAACAAGCAUCGUUCGCCACCUAAUCUUACAGAUUCGCAUGCGUUCCCGUCACUAGACGGGACAAAAGCACGUCAAAAAAAUUCGUCGUCGUCGUCUUUAAACAAAGACAAUCUCGUCGAAGAAGUCUUUCGAAAAGUUAUGUCUGAAAUUGAGCCAGUUCUCAAUCGAAUUUUAGACAGACUAGACGGAUUAGAUUCAAAGUUAUCCACUCUAUCCUCAUCACUAUCUAUUCCGUCCACCAAAGCACAAUUUACUAAAAAUCCGCCCCAAUACCAAGAUGUUGAUUUUGAAACAGAAGACGAAUAUAUUAAUCAGGAUGGUGAAGAAGAUGAAGGUUGUUAG